AUGUCUGCAGCUCCCCCCAACCAACCCGCCAAAACGCAGUCCAAAUUUCCUCCCCCAAAGACAGACAAGCCUCGGCCACAUGUUUGUGGAACCUGUGGCCGUUCGUUCGCCAGAUUGGAGCAUCUCAAACGCCACGAACGUUCGCANUACCAAGGAGAAGCCGUUCGAGUGCCAGGAGUGCAAAGAUGUUUCGCCCGUCGAGACCUGCUUUUGCGACACCAACAGAAGCUGCACUUUGCAAACAACCCGUCCAGUCGGCCGAAGGCCAACAGGCGCGAGAGUACCAGCGGACCCGUUAAUGGAGGCCGUGUGAGGAAAGGCUCAAUAGCCAAUGCUGGUGCUGCCACUGCAAAUUCAGGGGGCAGACCUCGAGCAAACACACUCGGCCAUUUGGACCUAGGCUCCCUCGGACUAAUGGGCGUCGUUCCUCCGGUUGAUACACAAAGGCCAACUCAUGCUAGUAUGGCUCACCACCGCAUGAGUAUGAGCAAUGCUCAACAGCGUCCAUCGAACCUGGAUCUCAACGGUAUCACCAGUAUGACACAUCCCGGAAUGAGCCAACAAGAUGGUUUCGACCUUUCUCGUGUAGAUACCCAUACUUCUCACAUAGAUUUUGGUGAGCCCUUGACGCAUAUCCAAACGGCGCCGGCAUACACAGGCAUGCAGCCAACCGAGCUGGAACAACUCUUCACACCAGGAGGGAACACGGUAAAUCCUGCUCAGUUGCACUUUGCUGCUUCAACAGCCUCACAACCUGUAAACCUCCAAAAUUUUCACAUGAACCAGUUCGACUUGUUUGGUCAAGGCGAUGAUUUCGCUUGGAUGCGAGACUGGGACUCACAGCUGCAGUCACAUACCAACAACGAGGCUAUCGACCAGUCAUCGCCAUCUCAGUUCAGUACUGCCAGCCAGAGCGGUUAUUCCGAGACUGUGACUGAUACUCCUUUUCACAUCAAUGUCUCCCAGGCUGGCUGGAAUCCGAACGAUAUGCAGGCUCUGAUGACUCCUGGUGCAUUAAAUCUGGACAUCCUUGGUACAGGUCUCCCAUCUAUUGAUCCUCCAUUGAACACCAUCUCGCCACAAAACUUGCAUGACCCGUCUUCGACCACCGAUACCAAGUUCGACACUCUCAUGAUGCACUCCGGCGUGUCUGACUCAAUAAGUGGUAUGCAUUUCAACCAAUUUCAGCAACAAUCCCUUUCCAACUUUGAUUCCGACAGCCCUAGCAUCUCCUCGUCAUCAGUACCGGAUAGCGCGAGGCAAAGUUCCGUGACCUCCAUCUCCACAGAUUCCAUUACAGACGCCACCCGUCAGGCUUUGCUCCUGAGUCUCUCACAACAAUCCGCUUUUAGCCACAGAAAGUUCUCACAGCCAUCCGUCAGCUCUCCUCUAUCACCCAGACCCCAAGGACCAAACCUCCCUUCUACUGCCGACUUGCAGCGCUAUAUUAAUGCGUACAUCCAGUACUUCCACUCUCACCUGCCCUUCCUUCACAUACCCACGCUAUCUUUUGAUUCGCCGGAAUAUAUGAUGAACCUUCGAAGUGCCGGUUCGCAGGCUCCGGCCACCCAUAGUGGCGUAGUCGGUGGCGGCGGCUGUCUCAUUCUCGCGAUGGCUGCAAUUGGUGCUCUAUAUGAGUACGAUCAUCAGGCCUCGAAAGAGUUGUUCGAUUCAGCGAAGAAGAUGAUUCAGCUCUAUCUUGAAGAGCGCCGCAAGAAUGACAUGUCCGCAGCUGUUAACGGCGGGCAAUACUUCAGCACAGAAAACUCUUCGCACAACACACCAUUGUGGUUGGUCCAGGCCAUGCUGCUGAACGUCAUCUAUGGUCACUAUUGUGGUGACAAGACUGCGGCCGAUAUUGCGAGUAACCACUGCGCAGCAUUGGUCAGUCUUGCUCGUGCCGCAGAAUUGGCCCAUCCAGCUAGUACUCAAGACAAUCUUGGCGAUGUCAAAGAUGAGAAGCCUGACGUUCACAUGGAUGAUGGCUCUUCGCCAUUCCAUGGCCACACAAGUGUCCAUCUCCAGUGGUUGAAGUGGAAGGAAGCCGAAGAGCGCAAGAGAACGCUNUUUGCCAUCUUCAUACUCUCCAGUCUGCUUGUGAUUGCAUACAAUCAGACACCGGCCAUCACUAACUCGGAGAUUCUCCUUGCGCUACCUUGCGACGAGGAGCUCUGGACUGCAGAUAGUGCUCGCGAGUGGGCUGCCAGAGGCGGUGCACAAGCAGCUGAAGCCAACGCCACGCCAUUCUCUGCAGCAUUGAGUGAUCUGUUGACAGCCAAUCAGAGACAGCAAAACAUGUUCGGCUACACCAGAUACAGCCCCAACGGCGACGCCAAUGGAGCAGGUAGUCAGCUCCGACCAAGCACAUUUGGAUGCUUGAUCUUGAUCAAUGCUCUCCACAACUACAUCUGGGAGACGAGAAGCAGACACAUUGGACGUCAAUGGACAGCUCAAGAGACGGAAUCCAUGGUAGCUCACAUCGAGCCGGCAUUGAAUGCAUGGCAAGCUGCAUGGAAAGCCAACGACCGUCAUAAGCUGCAGCGACCAAAUCCNUUUGGCUUAGGUCCUUUGGCUGCUGACAGUAUCCCUCUGUUGGACUUGGCGUUCGUGAGGCUCUUCGUCAACCUUGGACGUUCNAAAGAGGCCUUCUGGCAGCGCGACUUCGAAGCCAUGUCGGAAGAGCUGGCUUGUGGUAUUGAUAUUGCACAGACAGGUUCUCCUGAUCACUCAUCAAACGGCUCGACUGGAGACUCGCCAGACUUCUUGCAAGGCGCCUAUUCACACGGCCAAGCACAAUCAUCAGGACACAGCUCCAAGCGCGAACGCCAUCUGCGAAAAGCGGCUUUCUACGCAGCUGAUUCCCUUGUCAUUUCGUCCAAAUGCAAUUUGACAUUCGCAGAUUCGUCUGCACAUGAACUACCUAUUCAAUCAGCUAUCUGCUUCCUUGACUGUGCCCAAGUGUUGGCUGAGUGGGAAACCACUGUUCAGGAACGGAUUGGUCGAUACGUCGGCGUUCUGGGCCAGGCAGACGUGGAUUACGGCCAGGUGCCUGCAGUCAUGCUGCUCGACACUGAGGACGUGGAGCUGUUGAACAAGAUGGAAAGCAUUUGUGCUGUGAUGGAGGACAAAAUGGCUCUGCAAGCUAAAAUGCUCGCUCACGAGAUGGACUCUCUAGAUCCCAAUGGGUCGAUGGGUCUCCCGUCGCCACUGGAAAGACUCAAUGGGUUGUCGAAGUGCGGACUUGGCAGUAGAAUCUUGCGCAUGACUGCGCAGAUGCUUGAGAAGGCAGCUGUUUGGCCUGGUAAGUCUUCAAUCUUGGCGUCUCGAUUGUAUGUCUUUGAGCUAACCAAUGCAUCAGUUACUCACGUAAUGGCCAGUGCCCUAGAAACACAAGCAGCCCACGCCGACCACCGUGCCGAGUCUUCAGUUACCGCUGUGGCUUAG